AUGGGCUGUUGCGGAGGCGAACGAGAAAAGUUCGGGAAUCUGAGCGCUGAGCAGAAAUGGGACUACAUUAACCUUGAUGAUUUCAAAUCUUCCUCAUGCUGGACUCCUUUUGCCUACGGCUACCUUAUUUUGAUGCUUAUUGUCUCGAUAUCCGUCUACGCUGUCGAUACAUUUACCGCUAUCAACCUCCUCGCCUUUGACAGAUGGGCUGGUCAGAUUAAACCCGAGAUUCCACUCAACAUCUCUCGAUGGAUAUUUGCUGGAUGUAUCAUUCUAUCGUUUGUUCUGCUCAUCUACCGAUGGAUACGUGCAGUCAGAGUCAUGCGACAAGGCGGAAUCGCAAAAAGCUACUUGGACCCUUUGGCCGUCCGAAUUCAGUCGAUGCGAUGGGGAAAAGCAAGAGGUUGGAAGCGUUUCUUGGUCUUUGCCGAGUUGACAAAGAGUCGAAAAGGAGCCGACUACGUUGCCCUGUUUGCAUAUUUCUCUUUCGAAGCUUGGCUCCGUAUCGUCUUUGCAGAAGGACCACGGCAAGUGGUCAACGCCAUCACGCUGUAUUCAGUGUUGAGGCUCAAGUUGGUCCCAGAGGGCGAGCAUGCUCCGUCCGAUGGUCACUCUCCGGUUGUCCAAUUCUUUGUCAAUGUUGGAAUUCUGGCCGAUUCCAAUCACUUGCAAGCCGUUAUUCUCUUCGGCAUGCUGUGGACCUUGGUCAUCUGGGUCAUUUCCGUCAUUGGUCUGAUCAUUUCAGUCAUUCUCUAUCUCGUUUUUCUCUGGCACCACAUUCCAACAGAGGAUGGGAGUCUAACAGGCUACUGCCGUAACAAGAUUAAUCGACGGAUGGAGAGGGUUGUCAAGAUCAAGGUUGACAAAGCACUCAAGAAAGAGAAUGCACUGCGGGCUCGAGCAGAAGCCAGGGCGGCGCGCGAAGGAACGGAUAUAAAGAAACAACCGACCUUGCCAAAUAUCCUAGGCGCCGAUUCGGACUCACUUCCUCCACUGUCACGGCAAACCACAAUGACAACCCUCCCAGAAUACACCUCGCGCCCGGCCACAAGGAGGGGCAGUGAUGAUGCCGUUCCAACCCUACCCGAUAUUGCUCCUCGUCCUCCGAUGCCUACUCGUACCGUUACUCAUGGUUCGGCAGCGUCGUGGUCAAGCUACACCUCGAACGCUCCAUUGAUGAGCUCGGCGGCGGACAUGGGGUUUGCGGCUGAUCGAGUUCAGACUCCAGCGUCCGAUACGAACAGUCCAUGGUACGGUAGACCAGCACCAAACCGUAGCAUAUCGAACCUUUCGCAGCCUCCACAACGGUCUAUCAGUCCUGCACUUCCACGACCGGGUACAGCACAGAGUGAUAGGAAUGGUCCUGGCGCGUACCAAAUGGAUUCUCUCCCACGGCCAGGAACCAGCAUGUCUAACAAUGGACGUCCCAGAUAUCCCUUGGAAAAUAGCAGCGCUCUUCCCUACCCAGAUGAUAGAAGCUCAACGCCAUCCAGCAAGCCACCAGCGUGGUCGGGACCAACCUUCGACAACCAAAUUGACACCUCGGGUCGCCGUACGCCUGGAGGUGCCAUUGGACCAUCAUUCCCUGUUAUUCCAGAGGAGAGGGGGCGACAAUCACCGUUGCCAGGACCUCAAUUCCGAUCACACACUCCCAAUCAAGGACCUCCAGAAACAUUUUUCGCACCAAACGGUGGAGGUCCGAUCAGAACUGUGACGCCAACCGGAGGCCCAACAUUGCCUCGAUUACAGCCUUCAAGCUCUGCCGGUUAUAUUCCCUACUCGGCGGAGCGAUCGAUGACCCCAAUGUCUUCAAUUCCUCCCAGCGCCACCAUUCGUAGUGUCACCGAGCCAACUAGGACAUACACCCCUUUUACAUCACAGCCGAGCUUUCCCAGUGGUGCACGAGAGAGGCCAACUCCACAGAGACAGGGAAGUCAGGGAGUAGAUGACAUAUUGGACCAUUAUUGA